AUGACGAAAAUAACAGAUGCAGCAACGAGACAGGCAGUUCAAAGUGCUUAUGACGCCGUUAGAGCAACUGUUGUGGAAAGUCAAGAAAAAGAGUUACAACAGACCAAAACAGACCUAGUAAAUGCUUUCUUAAAAACGAAAAGUCAGGUAGGACAUUACGCUGCAGAUGGAACAUAUGUGCCAGCUGGUGGAACUUAUAUACCAGCUGGUGGAACUUAUAUACUAGCUAGUGGAACUUAUAUACCACCAAACCCUCCAAGAGAAGCACCUGCACCAGGACUACCUAAAACAUUUACAUCGUCACAUGGACACAGACACAGGCAUGCACCAAAACCAACAGUUCAAAAUCCAGCACAACAACAACAACAACCAGCACAACAACAACAACAACAACCAGCACAACAACCAACAGUUCAAAACCCUGCACAACAACCACCUCCACAACCAGCACAGCAACCAACAGUUCAAAACCCUGCACAACAACAACCACAAACAGAGCAAGGACAUAAAAGAAGUAGAGAACAAGGAAACCAAGAAUUCUUAAAAAUGCUUAAGGAAGAGUAUGGUUACCCAGAUACUCUUGACUUUAGUGACAGAUAUAAAGAAGCUAUUAGAAAGUUCAAUGAAGGAAAUACUGACCCGAAUCUAUUUAGCUUUAUGGCUCAGCACCAAAAAGGAUAUAAUCUCAAACCUGGAAAAUACAAGCUCGCUAAGGGAUAUGAUUUAAUAGCAUAUCAUCCAAAUGACAUGAACGAAUUUACUCCGAGAUAUUUGGUGUCAGAGCUAAAUGACAAUUCAACUCUCUUCAUGAAACGCGUAAAAAAUAGAGACGGAACAAAAGAAGAAAGGUUUAUGAGUCCGGAUGACUUAGAUAGGGAAAUUGUUGAAAACGGUCUCGGAAUAUAUGAAAUGCCAGCAGAUGAGGUACAAGAAACUCCACAGGAAGAAGUUCAGAUACAACCAGACAUGGAAGAAAUAGUUCAGCAACAACAGCUAGAAGAGCCUGAAGGAAACGAACAAGUCCCUCCUUUGGAAACUAACUUCACAGAACUAGAUGAAGA